AUGAAAUUAUUAUUUUUCCAUACUUUUGUAUCACUGAUUGCUGUAACCGUAGCUUUCACUGAAAUACUCUCGGACAUCGGUAAAUAUUUCGGAUAUGGUAAAGAAAGUCAAGACGAUCAGUAUGAGGCAGAAAUUUACAACCAAAAAGUUCCCUAUGAAAUAUCUACCAUUGAUGAAAGGUUCUUGAAUGAAGCAGCUCAACUCACAGGUGUAGCUCUCUCUGAAUUGGAUAAGUGCCAACAAAGAGUGGUUCUCAAAUUGAAGUCAGAUUGUGCUCUAAUGAAUGACGAACAACUGGCAAAAAUGGCAGUACAUUUACUAAAUUGCCAGUCACAUAUUGAAGGUCGCCAAAUCUAUCCUUGCUCUGAGGAAAUGAGCAUUAGGGAAUGCACAACCAGUAUGGACUCUGAUACUUGGACAAGCUAUCACCUUAUGACCAACAGGGCCAAAGCUGUGUGUUACUCAAUAAGACAAUCACAGUUCAGGGGCCUAGCAGAGCAUACUGUGAAUCAUUUGAUGGAAGCUGCAAAGAAUCAACUCAGGAAUCUGGGUAAAAUAUCUGAUACACAAAAUAACUUGAAGAAUAUAGCUGAAAAGACUUAUGAUGCUUUGAAUGAGGGACAUCAGUUAUUGUCCAAACAGCAAAAUGACAUGCAAAAGGCACAGUUUUAUGGACAGUUAGCUAUUGAGGAUAAUAUAAGAAGAUUAGCAGAUGAGAAACGUUUGAUCAUGGAGACACAUAAUAAUCUAGUAGCAUUAACUCAAAAUGUUCAAGAAAAGUUGGGAAGUUCCUUAACACAGAUGAGUGAACAGGCUGGAGAAAGUAGGCUCAAUCACAAGGAGUUGAUUGAUGAUUUGCUUGCAAUUCAAGAAAAGGCCAAGGAAAUCUUUCUGAAAAUAGAUCAGUCAUCUUCACUUAUUCUACAACAAAAUGAAGACUUCAAAAAACAGUACCGAUCCACGUUGAAGAGCCUCCGAGAGAUGAACGAGACCGUCCACACCUUGGUCAAGCUGGUCGGAGGCACCUGGAACAACCUGGAAGAAAAGCUGACCUGGAUCACCUCCACUUUGGGUGGCACCGAUCUGGCAUUAGAGCGGAUCUACCUGGUGCUCUGGCAUUCCGCUUUUUUGAUGGUGGCGAUGGUGACAUGCGCCUUUCUGGGCGCUAGACCGAGCACUAGGCUGGUGGUGGCUGUUUUGCCGCCCGUCAAUUUAGGGGUCGCUCUGUAUGGGGAUCACAGAUAUUUGGAUUCCUCUUCACUUUUGGGUGUCAUUGGGUGCUUUAUUAUAGCUCAAAUGCUUGUGAUAUGGUCUUCAAACUUGGCACCCACAGUACGUCAUGCCAUAGCUUGGAAAAAAGACCCCCAACAAGACAUAUCCGACCAAACCCCCACCCAAAUCAACGGCUCCCCCAGAAGCCAUGUCUCGUCCACGAUCUACAACCGCGAUUACGACGAUUUCUGCCACGAAAAAGAAGAGUUGGACGAAACUAGCGACACAUUCAAAGAUUUCGACUUCACCCCGCCAGUGUCGAGGAACGGGCAGUACUCGACCAACGGGCAGUACUCGACUUACUCGAGGUCGAGGAGCCGGAGCCAGACACCCUUGCUGUUGAACAGCAGUGUGAAGGGUCCUUGCAGGGCGAGAACUAGGGUUGGAACGCCCUGUAAGUUGUCUUCGCUGCCCGGCAGGGACUUUUGCUACAGACAUCAGAGCGGGGAUUCUGUGAUGGGGUGA